AUGCCACUCGUCCACUUUUACUAUCGGUCUGAUCCCGUGGUGGCGGCAACGCGGUCGGCGUUAUCGUCACCGCUCUCGUCGGUGAUAUCGUCGCCCCCAUUCAGCGGCAGCGGCGAGAACAGUGAGAUGCGCGGCGGAAGCAGUCGGCGCGACUCCCAUGCGGAGCGCCCACCUCUCUCGAUAUUCACCGAUGCUCGCACUACUGCCACGGUCGAUGUGUUUGGUGUCGCGGGGUAG